UAUAUAUACAACAUACGUAACUUUGCGCAAUAAAUUUUGUGUUAACACAUGUUGCAAAGUCAAAAAUAUUCAAUCAUGUCAGAAUUCGAAGAAGGUCAAUUUAGUGAUGCAGAAGAAGAGGAUGAAAUAUCUUGCAUACAGAAUAAAAUAAAAAAAACAUUUGACGAUUCCCAUGUACAAUUUGAGGAAAAAGUAGCCAAUUUGCAUAUUACAUGCAAAAAUCAUCAGAGUAAAGACAAAGAUUCUCUUCAAAGUGUUUUGAAGAUGAAUCAUUGUCUUUCCUCCGACAAUGAGGAUUACUGUAACAAUGAUUAUGAUUUAUAUGAAGAUAAGAAUGCUGUUAUAAAAAUGAAUUCACAAAGACUCAACACUCAAGAAGCAUCUACCAAGGUAACAAAUUAUCAACCAAAACAUAAGUUGUUAACUCGUUACGCGAAUAAGAUUAACUUGGAGAAAUAUGCGGGUCCAUCAUUGCCAGAUCAUGUAGCCAAUGUACUGAUUGAAAAUGACAAACGUGUUGAUAAAGAUCGUAUAAGAAUGAAAGAUAAGAGCGAUCAUGCAACAACUGAGAAUGUUUUGGAUUCACGCAUCAAGAAGAAAUUGCAUAAACUAUUUGAAAGAGGAGUAUUAGCUGAAAUAAAUGGUUGUAUUUCAACUGGGAAAGAAGCCAAUGUAUAUUAUGCGAAGUCAAAAAACCAAGAUGAGAUUGCUAUAAAAAUAUAUAGAACAUCAAUCUUGACAUUUAAAAAUCGGGAAAAAUACAUUAGGGGAGAAUAUCGUUUUGAUCAUGUAUACUCUUUGCACAAUCCACGCAAAAUGGUAAAAAUCUGGGCAGAAAAGGAAUUUUCCAAUUUAAAGCGCUUGGAACAAGGUGGUAUCAGAGCACCACGACCUCUUUUAUAUGGUGGUCACAUGUUGCUGAUGGAAUUUCUGGGUUCAGAUGGUUGGGCGUCACCUAAAUUAAAGGACGCUAUACUUACAGAAUCGAAAUCGAGGAUGUUAUAUAGAGAGUGUAUUGAAAUUAUGUGGAAGAUGUAUAACAAGUGUAGGCUUGUUCAUGCUGAUUUAAGUGAAUAUAAUAUAUUAUAUCACAAUGGAUCGGUUGUAGUCAUUGAUGUUUCACAAGCAGUAGAUCGUGAUCAUUGUAAUGCAAUUGAAUUUCUAAGGAAUGACUGUAGCAAUAUUACAGCUUUUUUCAAAAAGCACAACGUGGGAGUUAUGUCACUUCAAGCACUCUUUGAUUUCAUAACAGAUCCAACCAUAAAUGAAAAAAAUAUGGAUGAAUAUCUAGAUAUCCAAAUGCAAGAGGCAAAUGAAGAAAUUGAUCCACAGCAACAAAUAGAAGAGGCAGUUUUUAAGCAAGCUUAUAUUCCUCAAAGAUUAACUCAGGUGGUCAAUGUAGAACGUGAUAUAAAUCUUGCAAAAUCUGGGAAAGAUUUGAUUUACAAGACAUUAAUUGGUUUAAAAGCAGAUUUAUCUAAGCCUGCAGAAACACCUGAGAUCUUAGCUAAUAAACAUAAAAAAAAUAAUAAAGAUGUAGAAGAAGAAAACAGUUGCUCUUCCUCUUCUGAAGAUAGUGAUAAUUCUGAUAGUGAAAACGAUAGCGAAACACAAAGCGACGAUAAUAAGAGCAAAUUUGUAAAUUCGGCUAGACCCCGAAACGAAAGCCCUGACAGUAAAAAAGCGCGUAAGAAAGCAGUCAAAGAACAACAAGCAGAGAAAAGGAAAAUUAAAGUAAAAAAACAUGUCAAGAAACGUAAGAUAAAAGUAUCAAGAGGGGGAAAAUAAAUAAAUUCAUGUAAGAAAAUUAAAAAGAUU